CUGUUCGCGGAGUUACAUACCAGUGGAUACCAACAAUCGUAUGAACUGUCAUCGUUGUCAUGUGACCAGUCUUUUUUUAGCGUUGGUCCAACUGACAUCUGUCAACGGUCGUGUCGUUCACGAGAAGUUUACAAGGAGCGCGAAUGCGAACGUGAUUACUCGAUAUAUUGCGUCGUCGAUAUUCGGCGAAGCACUGCGAUGACAAACGAUCUACGAAUCAGCGUGAAAUUCAAAAAUAACGCCGACCCAAAUUACGGAGAUUCCAUCGCCCGCAGAUUCGAAGGUGAUCGCUUGCGCGGGCGUUGAUGUCACCGCAUAUUACGGCCACGGACGUCGUUAGCCAAAUCAUCGCAAUGAUGUAAUUUGCCGAUGGGAGUUAAUUACAGCUCAAUCUUCUCGGCAAUUAUUUUCCUCUUCCGACCUGGAUGUUGCCCGUGGAAUUAGGAUCCCUGUCGGUUCUUUAAACCCGAGCAUAAUAACGGAGUAAAUUUCAGACGGCAGCUGCUCGGCGCAGACGUAAAAGCUGGUUAUCGACGUUUAUUUUAUUUAUACCGCAAUAACUACAAUUGGUUUUUUUAAAUAACGUGUGUCGAGCGAGUGGCGUCCUCCCGCGAUCAGAUAUCGCAGCUUACAUCCCUAUCUGUCUCCACCCUCGACAUGUCCAUUUAGCCUACGUGUCCAUACAUACAAUAUACAUACUACAUAUGUAUAACUUCGCCGUGUUUUGGCGUGUACGAAUUUAUCCCGUUACAUUUUACUUUUCUAAGAUAGUAAGGGUAGAGUUUGAUUAAUUUCGAUAGCGAUAAGUGGAGACGUCCCAAUUUAUCGGAUCCAGAUUUUUGGCAAGUGAUUGAUAUUUUUCUAACAACGAGCGGAAGUGAAAAGUGACGAGACCGGUUUUGGUUAACCGAACUUGACACUGAUCUCUGCAUAAACUUGUCAACUUCGUGUUCGCUUUCGAAAAGCGCGACGUUGAAAAUGAAUCUGAAGGAUAAAUUGCAAGAUGAUACUCUGGAUCUUAGCAUGUCUGACCUCCAGGAGGUACCCGUCAAAGAUAUCGCUGCUGUCAGAAAAGCAUCUCACCUCGAUCUGUCCAACAACAGGCUGGUCUCUUUACCUAGAACGUUUGUGACAUUGACGCACAUAGUCAAGUUAGACUUGAGCAAAAACCAGUUGACGGAGCUCCCGGAAAAUUUUGGAGACAUGAGGCAGCUCAAGUAUUUGGAUCUCUACAGUAAUCAGAUAAGCCGGUUACCGUUGAGCCUCGCCGAGCUGAAAAAUUUAAAAUGGUUGGACUUGAAAGGGAAUCCGCUCUCGCCUGGCGUAGCUAGCGUCGCUGGGCUGUGCAGCAACUCCAAAGAGUGCCAGGCUUGCGCUCGUAAGGUCGUAGCAUAUCUAACGGAUGUUAAGCGUUCUAUUGACGAGGAAAAACAGCGAAGGAUAGAAGCAGUAGCAGCUGUUGGAUCAGAAAAAGACACAGCUCCGGUUAAGAAAGAUGCAAAAAAGAAGAAAAAAAAAUCAGAAAACAAGGAUAACAAAUCUCGCGUGGACAAGGAAAAUGCCGGGGGACCCAAACCGGAGCAACAAAAGACCAAUGGACAUACAGCCACGUCGAAACUGAAAUCGAGGAUGAAAAGUAGUUCCGGAUCAGCCUUGGAAACAGAUGGAACCACAGCCAGAUUGUGUAAGAAUUUAGUCAGGUUGAUAUUUUGGCUGACUGCAUUGAGUGCGCUGGUGGUACUAGCCUACGUAACGUUGCCAUUGUUCGAUAAGCAACGUUCAGAUUCGAUAUCCGAUUACCUAGAAGUGCAAUCUGGCCAACCGGUAAAGUAUUAUCAACAGAUCGGCACGAAAUAUUUAGAGAAACUUAUCGACAGUAUCAUUUUGUGGAACGAUGAUUUACAAACAAUUGCAAGAGACUUUUACACAAAAUACCUCACCCCGGAUUCUUCUAGAAGCGAUUUAUAAGUACUCGGAGCACUGAACACUAACUUUAACGUUGCCAUCAACGAUCAGGUACAAUUAUUUGUAAUUUAUGAAAUUUAUUACGUAUUUGCUAAUUGAAUCCACCAUUGUUGAUAAAAACAAAAAAAAAAAAAUGCAAGAAGUAAAUAAAUAUGUCACACACGUGAUCGUCACGAAUGUA